AAAUAUAAAGGCUGUAGAUGGAGUGCAGCAGCUGAGUGACCUGAUGUGAAGUGACAUUAACUGGUGACUGCUUGAUUUUCAGACACAGUUGUGUGAGCAUCUUCAUUACCUUAGAAGUAAUUGUACUGCUUGUAAGAACAUUUACUGUAUAUGGGUGGAGACUGCAGCUCUUUAGAAUAUUUCAACAUAACAGCGCAAACGUUACUGUUUAGCUUAAGCAAACAUUUACUCACACUUUCUCUCACUUUAGCACCUCUGCUCUCUACGAAUACCAGUUAUUCAACUUUCUCUUGUAACAGUUUUCAAGUCCUAUUGAAGGAUCUAAUUACAGCAGCAACUCCUUAUUUCUCUCAGAUUAAAAAAACAUAUUUUAUAGAUGGCAUUCUCUCAAAUCCACCUCUACAGAUCUCACGUACAAACACCAUAGGUACUUGAAGAGGAAUCAUUAGCACAUCAGAGUUACAGUCACUGUGAUGUUUUUUUCGUUUUCCUUCCUUCCUUUUUUCCAUCAGUAACUGGAUGCUCCUCAUCCAUACACCCUUUGUUUAAUUACACUUGAUAAAGUUGUGAUCAGGGUUGUUGGCUCCAAACCAUGUCAUCACUCUGAUUUCAUUCCUUCCUACACGGAAUGAACUUUGACUGCAACAAACUUUAGCUGUAACUUCAGCAGGUUUGGGUUGUAUGUUCACAACAUUUGAACAUUGUCAUCAGCUUCUCCAUAGCUUUCCCCCAGGCUGUUAAAGCUCUGUUUACUUAAGUAACAUACUGCCCCAAGUCAUUAUUAAGUAGGCACUUAAGUAGCACCCUCCCUCAGUGGGACGCACCCUUUUCUUUCAGAAUUGAUGUGUCACAAAGGCCCUGUGUCCCAAAUAAGUCAAACUCAUGCUAAUGGGGACAGGACAGCAAGCUGCGGAGUGAUCCAGGUCUCAGAGCAAAAACUCACCUUGCUGCAGCACAUCGCUAACCUGCAGGUAGAGCUUCCAGAGGAUCUGAACGUUGACAGAGAACGGAAAAGAACCUGGCAGAGCUGAAAAGAACUCCCAGCAUUAAACUCUAGAUAGAAGAUAAAGGAGUCUGAGCAUGGGGAGUCCAGGCUGUGAAUACUCAGCUCUCUACAUCAGGCACCCCCAGGCCGACACCUGGGGGGACGAGGUGGAGGACAUUAAACCACCUUGCAGUUUGUUGGGGCUCACUGAGAUUAGUUGGCCAGGGGUCUACCUCCCUCGCUGUGAUAAAGAGGAGAACCCCUGGGAGACCCCCGCUUCCACUGCUCCUCCCUCCAGGACUCCAGAGCUGAACCCCUCCACAUCCAGCCAAGCCUCCGCAGACAUGGAGGCUCAGGUGGAGGAGUGUCCUCUGGAGCAGGUCCAGACGAUGGUGGUGGGGGAGGUACUGAAAGACAUCGACACAGCCUGCAAGCUGCUCAACAUCGCAGCAGAUCCUCUGGACUGGAGCUGUGUGCAUGUUCAGAAGUGGCUGUUGUGGACUGAACACAUGUACAGGCUGCCUCAGGUCAGUACCGUGUUUCAGGGCCAGGCAGGGAAAGAUCUGUGCUCCAUGACAGAAGCAGACUUCAGACAACACUCUUGGCAGUUUGGGGACAUGCUGUAUGCUCAUCUGGACAUAUGGAGAUCAGCUGCAGCCAUGAAGGAGUGCAGCCCACCAGAAGACGAUGAGUCUGCAGCGAAGGGCGAUUCGUGGUCAGACAUGAUGUCCAACUAUCCCAGUCAGCCCAUCCACCUGUGGCAAUUCCUCCGAGAGCUGCUCCUCAAGCCGCACAACUACAGCUGCUGCAUACGCUGGCUCAACAAAGAGAAAGGAAUUUUCAAAAUUGAAGACUCGGCUCAUGUGGCCAGGCUGUGGGGCAUCAGGAAGAAUCGGCCGGCUAUGAACUAUGACAAACUGAGCCGCUCCAUACGUCAGUACUACAAGAAAGGCAUUAUUCGAAAGCCCGAUGUGUCCCGCAGGCUUGUCUACCAGUUUGUCAAACCUGUAUGAUGAAGAAGAUCAAACGCAUAAGAAUGAGUCAAAGAGGAACCAAAGAUAUGCUGGGCAUAGGGUAGAAGUAACAACAACUCUGAAUCUCAUUCAUGCUCUUUAAUGACUGCCUAUCAAAACAUGCACUCCUGCCUAUCAAGAUUUUACUGAAUUGUUAUUAUUUUGAAUGUUUUGUUUCCUUCGAUGCUCUUGAUGUUUUAAAUUUAGUUCUGGUCUGCUUGAUUGUGUAACUACUAAAGAAAUGGUAAAUUUGGCUUUUUAUUUCCUUGAAGACAGAGAUCCAUGCAAUUAUUAAUAAUUUAGUUGUUUCGACACUGUUAGCUUAGUGUAGCAUUAGUAAAAAAGAGUGAAACCAAAGGUACAGUUCGUUUUUGGACUAUGUAUAUCUUUUGUAAUUGUUUAUUUGUAAAAAUUAAAAGAUUACAUUAACUGUGUUUCACCCACUUUUACCCUUCAUGCUAAGCUAAGUUAACAGCUAGUUUUAGGGAAAGCUAAUUAAACAUUUUUCAAUAGUAUUUCUUUCUGUUUUUUCUAUAGACACAUCAUUCAUUUGCUAAGACUAUUGCAGAGCAAUACAUAUUUUAUGCAUUGAUAUUUACAAAUUCUAUUUCUUUCAUUGGUAAUAGGGAAUAGUAAUAAAUCAAGUGUUGUCUAUUUAAAGGCAAACAAGGAAUAAUAAAUCUGACCAUGUCCAUGCAUAAGAAACACACAGACACUACAUUCUGUUUUUCAACAAACUUGUUUCCCUUUCAAACCAGUAUCGCAAUAUUGACACCAUCACAACAAAUUUGAUUCAGGUUUUUAACUAUGUUCUUAUUAUCUGUGAUAAUCAUAAUCAUCUUUAUGCAUAUUUAAAUUCUUGUCAACUUCUUGUUACAUCAAGAUGAACAGGCACUACACCAGUUAGGAGAGAAAAGUACAUCACUAACUAUGAACAUACAUCAUCUAGUCCGCUAAUAUAGGGUCGUUGUUCCCGUGUGCAUAAGGAAGAAAUCAUCAACAUAAAAAAGCAUUUACAUUACACUUUUACUGCCUCAACAUGGUUAGGUCUUAUUUUUCAACUCAACACAGUUGUACAGUUACAAUAGAAUAUAAUCUUUAAAUUACAUCAUCAUAUACAAAUCUGACAGCGUGGGAUAAUGUCACGCUUGUAUGAUACACUGACAAUUCCAUUGCAAUGAAAUUCAUACAAUAUGUUUCUAUUAGUUAAUAUGUUUUCCAUUGCUGUUAUUUUAAUGAAACACAUUUACAUGUAUAACACUACAUUUUGUCUUAAUAGUCAAUCACUUGCAUUUUUUUACAUUUUAUUUUGUGAUACAUUUACACAACUCAUACACACUGGAUGAUGAAGAUGCUUCCCCCAAAAAUAUUAACCUGGUAAUGUGUCUGAGCUUGCAUGUACUGUCUACACAGUCUGCUUAAUGUGUGUGUGUGUGUGUGUGUGUGUGUGUGUGUGUGUGUGUGUGUGUGUGUGUGUGUGUGUGUGUGUGUGUGGCGUGAGAGUCCUUUUUGCUAUGCUGGACAGCUUGAUUCUAAGACACAACUUGUGAGCUGGUGAUGUGUUUCUCCUCAUGUGCGAGAUUCAAACCUGUCAAAUCCUCUUUCAGACACAGAGCUAAACACAUCGGCGUGUUCGUCCAGGCAAUCUCAGGAAUUGAGGACAACUAAGUUAUAAAAAGCUUCACUCCCACAUAAUCAGAUGUUUAGGUACAACUUGGAGCAAGAUAUCUAAAUAAUCGGCAUUUGACAAAUUGGAAUAUUCAUUCAGAAAAUUUCAUUUCUAUGGAGCAAGACUUUAAAUAACAUGACGUGCUGUGUAAGAAAAUGCAGCACAGUAUGUUUGUGUGAUUACGUUUUCCUUGUGUCAUUACACAGUGUUUUGCAGAGAAAUGAAGUUUGUGUGGACUGGGAGACAGCUACACAUCGAUCUUUUCAAGUGUGAUACGUUAUUGCAGGGAAGGAAAACAGGUACUGGGUCUUUGGCUCAGCAAGGGAGUGGGCCGUUUGCUGUAACUAGCGCUUCACGCUAGUAAGGGUCUGAAAUGACACCAGAGUAACAUGUUCCGACUACUGCUGCGGUUCAAGCCCAAACACUAGUACAUUCAUAUCCUUUUUGGACAGCAACAGUCUGUAGCACAGUAACGUAUCUGUGGAAGAAACAGGCCCAGUUCAGGCAGCAAUCUGAAGAAAUAGAACUUGUUCUGGCUUCACUCUGAGGGAAUGUAUCUGUGUUUCCUGCUCGCAGUACUGGAUUAAAACCUGAAUACCUGCAACAAUGAAAGCUCCUGCAGAAUCAGUGUAUUCUUUCCAUGAGGUUCAUGAAGAUGGUAAAGUCAAACGAAAAAAAAAAACAAACACACAUGAAA